AGGUGCCAUGGCGGGUGCGGGGCUGAGCCGCUCGGUGGAGCGUCUGCGGCGGCGCUACCUGCGGGCGCCGGCAGCGGAUUAUCUUUCGGAUGUAUUGCAUACCAAAUGUAAAAGUGGAAGCUCCAAAACAUACAAAGGUGACAUGGACAGCUCACUGGAAGAUACAGCUAUUUCAUUAUCCAGUGGUUCUUCACAGUCAGAAUUUACCCAAAGUGGAAGAAAGAACAGCACCAGAUCUUUUAAUGAUUUUCUACAAGAUUUUAAAAACUUGGAUUGCUUUGAUGAGCAAGAUUCUUUUCAUGAUUUAAGUGAGCCAGAAGGAGAGGAAAAGACCAUUAACAGCUCUGUAACUGAUGCAGUUCAAAAUAUAGCUAUGUAUAUGGAAACAGAUGACACGUUACUGUCCCAUUUGGCUGCAAAUACACAAACAUGUAGUGAACAGAAUACUACCAAUGGUUUGAUAAGGAAGACUGUAAAUGGGACUGAAACUCAAACAAGUAAUAGUCAAGGCUUAAUACCACCUCACAUCUGUCAGAUAUAUGAUGAAUUAUUUGUCAUACAUCAGAAGCUCCAGCAAGAAAAUUCCACACAGCAGGAAUAUGCUCUGCAACUCCAGAAGAGAGAACAUUUUCUAACUGAGCGAGAAGCACUGCUUUUUAGACAUGAAGCAGCUUUGGCUAAGAUAAGAGGUGUUGAAGAAGAAGUUCACACAAAAUUUCGAAUAAUAAAAGAGCAACAUGAGGCAGAAGUUAAACAGUUGACAGAAGCCUUGAGAGAAAUAACUAAAGAAAACAGGAGACUCAAAUCAUCAUUUGACACCUUGAAGGAAAUGAAUGACUCCUUAAGAAAACAGUUAAGUGAUGUGAGCGAGUUGAACAAGAAAUUGGAAAGUCAAGCAAGAAAAGUGCAAGCUCGUUUAGAGAAUCUACAAAGGAAGCAUGAAUUUUUAAUGGUACAGAAGUCUAAGGAUAUAUGUCAAGUGGUGCAACAAAGUAAACCUGUCAAGAAGGAAAAAGGGACUGUAGCAUUAAGAAUUGCUAAGGUACCAUUGAAUUUUCAAGUUUAUGAGCUUUUAACUGUUCUUAUGGAUUGGAUCUCAGACCAGCAUCUUAGCAAAAUAAAAAUACAAGAAGAAGGAGAGGACAGUCAUAAACUUCUGCUUACCCAGAACUCUAAAAAAACUUACACCCAGGAAAAGUGUAUGAAGCUUUUGCCUGUAGUUGCUGAGCAACUCCAGUGGAUGCCAUUUGUGAAUCCUACACUACACAUGCCUGUGAUUAAAUUUAUUUACUGGUCUAUAAGACAGCUAGAUGCUGGUAUGCAGUAUGCAGCAAUGACAUCAACAAUGAGGAGACUUGGUGAAGAAGUUUUCAAAGGCGUAACAAGUAAGGGAAACCUGCAUAGUUCUUCUGAACAGUCUAAUGAGAGUAAAUCAAAAUCAGCAGCUUUCUUUAAGAGUUCCUUUAUGCCUCUGAGGUUUCUGUCAACUUUAGUUGUACUCAAGACGGUGACACAAGCGGAUUACCUGGCUCAGGCAUUUGAUUCCCUUUGCAUAGACUUGAAGACAGAUGAAGGAAAGUCUUUAUUUUUGGAGUACCAAUGUGUGCCUGUUAUAUUAAGUCACUUAAAAAUAUCCAGUAGAGGUCUGCUUUCCAGUGCUCUUGAUGGAUUACUUCAGAUGACCAUGGAAUCUGGUUCCUUACAGCCUUUCCUGGAAGCCUGCAGUAACGAAUCCUUUUUCCGUACUUGUUCUGUGUUACUUCGAACUCCUAAGUUAGAUCUUCAGAUUUUGGAAAAGCUCUGUGUUAUCCUGCAAAAGCUCUCCAGAAUAAAAAGUAAUAAGAAGAUGUUUGAAUUGUUUACUCUUCACCUAAUGAUCCAAGAACUUCAGAGGACAACACAUCCAGAUCAUGCCUUUCUCUGUAUAAACCUUAAUUCAAUUCUAUUUAAUUUGGGAUUGGCAAGGAGUAACUCUCUUGCCUCCAGACUAAGCACAAGUCACUAGCAUUACCUUUCAUUCUAAUUGUUUUUCUGUAUAAUUUGUACCAGCUUUUUGUGUUACUUGAAGUAUUUGUAAUUUUUUAUUGUUUUCUAUAAAUAAAUGCAUUAAAACCUCA